GGAGCUGUAUCCAAAACAAUUUGGGGCCUAUAGAUUGAAGUUCGUUCAUAAACUUACUCUAUUUUAGUAUCCUUGCAUUAUUCUCAUCACAAAUCUUCCAACUUUGUCAUGAUCUCACUUUUUCUUUUGUUUAAAUUUAUCUGUAAACUGGUAAGGUAAUUUCUCUUCUUAUUUUAAAUUUUUUUUGAGAAUAUAAUUUGUGGGGCUUAAGAUUAUGUUAUUUUUUUUGACUCAUUUUUAUGUUUUCAAGGCUAAUUAAAGGUAUAAAAUUUUGAGCAUUUUUUCCAUAUUUUUUGAAUUAUGAUUGAUGAAUAUUAUAUUAAAUGAUUGAAGGAAAAAGAUGAAGAAGUUUUAAAUUUUCGGCGAAUUUAUCCAUAUAAAAAACCAAAAAGAACAACACAACAAAUUCCCUGCAAAAGAACUUAAGAAUAGUAAAUAGGUAAUAAUGAUGUUGAAAAAAGUAGGAGGCAAGAAGAGAGUCGUAGUCUUAUCCUCCAUAAUACUUAGCUGCCUCGAUCGUGUGGAGUUUGUGGUUUCGGACCAGUCCAGUUUAUAUUCGCUACAACAGCACGGUGGGUCUUAAACUUCUCCUCUAAGGUGCUUUUACCCGUUCUGUGUGGAAGACUGGAAGCAUGGUUAAAUCUCGUAGGUCCAAAUCGCCAUCUGCUGGUCUAGUCUCACCCAUCUCAAGGAAAACUAAAUUAAAGGAUCCCAUAAGCGAACAUACAAAGAAGAAAAGAGCACAAAUAUCAAAAACUCGAAAAAAUUUGAAGUCCAUCAGGGCUUCAACGUGUUCUGGUAAAAAGCCUGAUGAUUGCGGAAAGGCUCCUCCUCUUCGUAGCAUUCUUAAGAACCGGAUUACUUCAAAUAAAAAUACAACAGUGCUGGCAAGGAGGAUUCGUGGCCAUCAUAUAAAUUCUUGUGGUGAAUUAAUAAAGCAUGUGUCUUUUUCGGAUAAGGAUGACAUAAAGAAUGCUGCUCCGAAGGAGUUGCCUCAGUUGCAGACCGUUUGCAAAGUGUUAUUCUCUGAUGCCUUGGCUGCAUCAGCUGCCAAUAAAAAUUCUAGCAAAGGUGAAAAACAUUCAGUUGCUGUUGAGGGGCCUCAGCUGGAAAUGGAAAAUGUCGACGUUUCUACAAGUUCCAUACGGUUGGCAGAUAGACCGGGUGGUGAGAAAAGCCAUUCUAGUGAUCUUUAUGGUCUUACAGCCAGUGUUGUAGAUCCUAACAGUAUUAACUGCCCCGAUAAAAGCAAGAACAAAUUUGAAAAUUCUGAUUUGAACAAGAACAUGCAAGUGCAUAGUAGUUUGAGCUGCCCCAUGGCUACUGACUCAAUUUCCAUACAUUGUCGUCCAGAUUCAAGCAACAAAAAGAUAGCAGAUUCUAGUUACAUUGAGGAUUUGUCUUCAAAUAUUAGAAAUCAUGUCCAAAGAAGUACUUCAAAUACACCAGCCAUCAGUCGUAAUUCUUUUCACUGUAGAAUUUGUGCUCCAAGAUCUGAUUCAACUUAUUCACAGACGGUAACAAGAAAUUCAGCUAUGCAGCCUUUAAGAUCGUCUAUUGUAAGCACCAUGCUAAGUAAUAAUGAUAGCUCACAGCCAUCCACUGUGCCAAACAUUACAGAAAGUAGGCCAGCUUGUCUUUCUUCAAAGCACUUUUUGAGCAGCAAUUGCUCCUCUGUUGGCUCAAUGAAGUUCAUGGAACUGAUGCAGGCAUCAGAUCCAAUGUUUUUCAGUAGGGACAAGAUCACCAACGAGGAUAUUAUUAGCUUACCUCUUAACUCGCAAGGAGAACUUGUCAAGUUUAAUAAUCCUUUUACGAAGCAAGCAUUCCAUUGCUCUGUAAUUCCUACUCAUAUGGAGCCUAUGAGAAAAGUAACUCAAGAAAAUAUGAAAGAGAGGUUAAUUCCUAGAGAAUCACUCUAUGCUAGAAAUAUGUCACUAGUUCUACCUAAACAGUAUUGCAGUUCUGAAAAUCAUCUCACAUCAGGCCAUAAUAUUUCUGAGUUACAAAAUCAUGAAGGAAUGGAAGCCGAGAAACUUGAGCCUGUUCAAAUUAAAGAUCCUUACAAGGGUUCUUUCAAUUCAUGCAAAAUACAAAAUUGUCAUUGCCGGAUAGACAGAUCGACCAUUGAUGUUGCUCCUCAACCAACUAUGCGCUUGAUGGGUACCACUGUCACCAUAGGUGAAAUUAGCAAAGAGAGAAAGAGUUUUGAUAAUGUGAAAGCUUGGGCUGGAAAGAAAAUCACAACUGAUCAAUUGCCUGAGCAGGACAAGUUCAAGCCCUCUGCUCUAUGGGCAUCACAAGAAAAACUUUUACUAUCUUCACGAGAUCACCAGAGCCUGCAUCACAUUCUUCCAUUAGUUAGGCCAAAUUUUGAUCUCCAUCAAUCACAAAUGGCCUUUGGACUUCCCUCCACCAAUGUUAAUCAUAUCCACCCUUCACAGCCAUAUCUACAUCUGACACAACAGCCAUUGGUUCAUUGCAAUCCACAAAUAGUACCAUUUAUUCGUUAUCCUACUCCGUAUCCUGGGACUAACUUUCUUUUCCACCCUUCACCAUCCUCCCAAUCACUGAUCGCUUUGCCAGUUUAUAAUAUCCAAACUGGCUCAGCUACUUCAGCUUCUUUUGUACCAGGCUAUUCAGUGAGCGCAUCCAUUUCUGCGAACAAUUCCAACCAAGUUAGCAGGGAUCAAAGCGCUUGGAACCAUGGCCAUAAAAUGAAGAGAAGAUUGGCAGAAAAAGGUCAGGAAUUCAUCAGACCAUUAAAGAAGGCUCAUGUAAUUUUUCCUGUUAAAUCUUGUUCUUUUUCAAGACCAGUAGGGAGGGGACAAAAUAAUAUGUUCCAUCCAAGAAAUAUUGGAGCUUCUACUGGAGUGCUUCGUCAUGGCUACGAAGCAAGAAAUCUGAACACACAAUUCUCAGGUUUUAAGAACGAUGAGUACAGACGUUUCAUUGAAUCUAAUUCUAAAUAUCACAGAGGGAUGAAAUCCAGUCAAAAUAUGAAGACAAGCAGUUCUAAUACCAUAUAUAAAUCACAAGUAGGACUUGCCAAAUUGAGAGCAGGGGCAAAGCAUGUUCUUAAACCAUGUAGAAAUUCCGACUAUAAAAGCUCUAAACUGGUUCAUUCAGCUAUUCCUUUAGUAACUGGUGAUGCUUCUAGUAGAAAUGUGGUUUCUCAUAAAAAACUUGAAGAAAUUUAUAGUUUUUAGUGUAUAUUUUAGCCUGGGGGAACCUAGGAUCCUUCGACCAAGGUUUACUUUGUCCCAUUAAAGUCCAUGAAGGGCAAAAGCUAGGAUGUUUCUGAAAUGGUACUUUUGUGAUGUUUAUGGGGAGCCUUGAA